AGCUGGGCUAACAUUUAACCCUCCAGUUGAGCAAUUAGCCAGGACGGGAGUGCCCACCCUCAGCCAGCUGCUCCGGGGGUCGCCUCCGUUUGCUUCCAAAAAGGCUGCCUCUAGUGGAUGCUGGUGGUGGAGGGCAGGUGCGGAGCUGGGCAGGAGCUCCAGGCAGGAGGAUUCCGAGGCAGCGAGCCCAGGCAAAGGCAUGGUGUUCCUCCCUCACGACCACACAGGGGAGCACUGGGAGGGCUGCGGCAGGAGAGCCCCCAGGUCCCUCUGUAACUGUCACAGGGUCACUCCCUGCUUCACUGCACUUAUAGCCAUGGGGAGAGGUGGCCCUAAGGAAAGCCAUCCACAGCCACACACACCGACCAGACCCCCUGGCCACACCUGUGUGCACACAGGCCCACACAAAGGCACAGAUGCACACAAAUACCUACACCCGGGAGUACGCAGCCAUACGUGAGCGGCGUUCACACCCCCAGACACGGGCUUGUGCUCACACUCCCACACGUGAAGACCAGUCACUAGCACAGUGACUCACAGAUGUGGGGGCACAUGCCGUGCAAAUACCUCCUCCUGAAGGGAAGCCACCUGGGGCCCCUGGGACCCUGUCUGCUCAGGCCCUUCCUCGGGGAUGGGGCCAUGGAGGUACUCUGUGUUGCCCCACAGUCAGGAAGCCCCGGACCCUGCCUGGAGUGACAGGUCUAGAGGCUCCUCGGCAAGUGAAGGCCAACAGGAUGAGGCAGCAGUCCUGAUGGGGUCCUAAGGGUCCCUGGAAAGGAAGAUCUCUCCUCCAGUUCUUGGUGGAGGGAAAUGGCCAGGCAGCGCCGGAGGGACUGAGAGGGUCUGUGCUGAGAGGGGACGUUGUGUGACCGUGAGGAGUGGGCCCAAGGCAGAGUCAGGACACCAGACCAAGUGAUCAGUACCUUCCCCUGCAGGCAUGGGGGGAGCCCCCGAGGGUGGUCCGAGUGCCUGUGUGCAGGUUCCAGCCCCUGGGGAAGUACCUGGGAGGGACAAGCAGGCAGAGGACCAACUACCCUUCCUCACGGAUGGAUAGCGUGGUCACGUCAGGGAAGCACAGGGUGGCAUAACCCACACUCUAACCGCUCAAGGGUGGUUUUGCUGCCCUUCCUGGGUCAAGGGUGCAUCUGAGAAAGGAAAGUGUGUCAAGUCACGGGGUCUGAAUGGGGGUGGUGCCUGGGGCAGAUCUCUCUUCCAAUUCACCAGCUGUGUGGCCUUGGGCGAGUUACUUAACCUCCCAGAACCUCCACGUCCUCAUCCGUAAAAUGGGGGCAGAACUAGAAACCUCCGUCAAGGGCUGUUGAGCUGUCAAAGAACAGCUCAAAGACAUUUAGCUGAUUAUUCGGUUGCCAUUCACUUCUGUACAAGGCACAUGUAUCAAUAGAUUGAUUUCAUUCCACAAAGAUAAAACAGGAUUCAUAUGAGAGAGAGAGGCCAGAAAAGACUGCCAUCGGGCAUAGUAAAUCUUGUUUGCUCAUUUUGGGGUCAACUGGCUAAUUGGCAUCUUGCAGAGGUCAGUCCGGGCACUCACUCCUUGCUUAGGCCACCUGUGGACAUAAAGACAACAGUCUCCAUUUACAGAUUCUACAGGCAGCCUUGAGAGCUUUGCCGCGGAGCUGUGUGCUGCGGCACCUGCCAUCAGCACUCCAGCUUAGUUAGACCAAGUCUGCUCCAUCCUCCGUCAGAAUCCCUCUUCAGGAGUCGCUGAGUUGAAAAGGGUCGAGUGCUAGAGCAGUGGCUGGCACACACACCAUCCAGGCUAUGGGCAUCAAGACAGCGUUGCCCGCGGCGGAGCUGGGCUUGUACUCCCUGGUGCUGAGUGGGGCUCUGGCCUAUGCUGGCCGGGGCCUCCUAGAAGCUUCACAAGAUGGGGCCCACCGGAAGGCCUUCCGGGAGUCUGUGCGACCUGGCUGGGAGUAUAUUGGCCGGAAGAUGGACGUGGCUGACUUCGAGUGGGUGAUGUGGUUCACCUCCUUCCGCAAUGUCAUCAUCUUCGCCCUCUCUGGACAUGUGCUGUUUGCUAAACUCUGCACGAUGGUUGCCCCCCAGCUCCGCUCCUGGAUGUAUGCCGUGUAUGGGGCCCUGGCCGUGCUGGGCACGAUGGGUCCUUGGUACCUGCUGCUGCUACUUGGCCACUGUGUCAGCCUCUAUGUGGCCUCACUCUUGGGCCAGCCCUGGCUCUGUCUCGGCCUUGGCCUGGCCAGCCUUGCCUCCUUUAAGCUUGAUCCUCUAAUCUCCUGGCAGAGCGGGUUUGUAACAGGCACUUUUGAUCUUCAAGAGGUGCUGUUCCACGGGGGCAGCGGUUUCACAGUGCUGCGUUGUACCAGCUUUGCACUGGAGAGCUGUGCCCACCCCGAUCGCCGCUACUCCCUAGCUGACCUGCUCAAGUACAACUUCUACCUGCCUUUCUUCUUCUUCGGGCCCAUCAUGACCUUUGAUCGCUUCCACACCCAGAUGAGCCAGGUGGAGCCGGUGAGGCGCGAGGGUGAGCUGUGGCGCAUCCGGGCCCAGGCCGGCCUCAGCGUGGUGGCCGUCAUGGCCGUGGACAUCUUCUUCCACUUCUUCUACAUCCUCACCAUCCCCAGCGACCUCAAGUUUGCCAACCGCCUCCCGGACAGCGCCCUCGCUGGCCUAGCCUAUUCAAACCUGGUGUACGACUGGGUGAAGGCGGCCGUGCUCUUCGGCGUGGUCAACACCGUGGCUCGCCUUGACCACUUGGACCCACCCCAGCCUCCCAAGUGCAUCACCGCACUCUACGUCUUCGCGGAAACGCACUUCGACCGUGGCAUCAACGACUGGCUUUGCAAGUAUGUGUAUGACCACAUUGGUGGGGAGCACUCCGAGGUGAUCCCGGAGCUGGGGGCCACUGUGGCCACAUUUGCCAUCACCACUCUGUGGCUUGGACCUUGUGAUAUUGUUUACCUGUGGUCAUUCCUUAACUGCUUUGGCCUCAAUUUUGAGCUCUGGGUGCAGAAGCUGGCUGAGUCGGGGCCCCUAGCACAAAUUGAGGCCUCUCUGUCGGAGCAGAUGUCUCGCAGGGUCCGGGCCCUCUUUGGGGCCAUGAACUUCUGGGCCAUCAUCAUGUACAACCUUGUAAGCCUGAACAGCCUGGAGUUCACAGAGCUGGUUGCCAGGCGCCUGCUACUCACAGGGUUCCCCCAGACCACUCUGGCCAUCCUGUUUGUCACCUACUGUGGUGUCCAGCUGGUGAAGGAGCGAGAGCGAACCCUAGCACUAGAGGAGGAGCAGAAGCAGGACAAAGAGAAGCCCGAGUAGGUGGGAGGAGGAAGAGGGGAGAGGGAUGGGUUCUGCUCAGCUGUUCCCAGGCCCGGGCCCAGACCAGGCCAGAUGGGGCCUGACUGAUAGAAUAAAAGACUUUUCUACCACA